GUUCAGUCUUGGCAUUGGCAAUUGGCAUACAGAAAGAAAGCGUAAUUUACGUGCUCUAGUAUUUUAUUACACAGUUGCUAAGUGCUUCACAAUGGCUAAAAGGAAGAAUAAACCGUUCUUGGAUUCGGACGCCAGCAGCGAGUCCGAUAUGGAUUCUCAAUUUCUAAACUUGGCCAAGAAGAAAAAGAAGCCGGGAGAGUCCCCGCCCGCCAAGUUCAACAGCAAAUCCUCCGACAGUGAAUCUGACAAUGAGGGGGGCAGUAGAAGAAACUCAAAAUCAUCAUCAUCGUCCAGCUCAGACUCCGACAGCGACGCAGACAGCUCCUCGUCGAAGAAAGGCCGGAACUCCCGGAAAGCUUCCACGGACCAUUCGGACGAGAACCGGAAAAAGCCGGAGCCAAAGAAAAUUGAGGUCCGGAAGAGUACGGAUAGCGCCGGGUCCGGGAAGAAGGAUGUUUAUAGUGAGCCGGAAGAAGGUGAAGUAUCGUCACACUCAUCAGACAACGAUUCCGUUGAUUCCGAAGAGGAAUUUGAUGAUGGUUACGACGAAAAUCUGAUGGGGGAUGAAGAGGACAGAGCGCGCCUCGCCGCCAUGUCAGAGAAAGAGAGGGAACAAGAGAUCUUCAAACGUAUCGAGCGGAGGGACCUUAUGAAGACCAGAUGGGAGAUAGAACGUAAACUGCGCCUCGCCCGCCGCUCUGCCACGGAGCGUUCCUCUUCCCCUGGAGAGAUAGCCAGGAGACGAGACGCUAGGAGACAGAGGAAACAGAAACAGGAGCAGAAACAAGCUAAAGCGGCCGCCGCGGCAGCCGAAGCGGAAGAAAAGGACAAGGAACCUGAGAAAGAGAAGGAUGCACCACCGCCGAGCCCCGGCGAGAUAUUGGACGACCCUAAAGAUACAGAACCAUCAGAGCGGUCAGCCUCGCCCCUAUUCGGGGCGAAAACGGAGCGGAAACGCAACGUGGACGACCGCAGACAAAACGCAAUGGCCGCCCUAAGGGCCCAACGCGAUGCUAAAGUCACAAGGGACAAUUUGGCUAGAAAACGAAGGGAGGCAGAACAGAAAGACAAGGACAAAGAUGAUGAUGAUGACGCGGACGAAGAACUGAUAGGCGGUUCAAGCAAACAGAGCGUCAAACUGAAAGCAUCGGACAUCUAUUCUGACGACUCGGGAUCUGACUCGGAUGAUAACAAAUCACAAGGUCGCGGUCGACGGUCCAGCGCGUCGUCAAGUACUUCAUCGACCGGCGGAGAAGAGACUGUGAAGAAAAGGGACCGUGAAGAAGUUAAAGAAGUGAAGUACGCGGACAGCAGGGACCAGAUCAACAAACUUAGGCUAAGCAGGUUUAAAUUAGAAAGACUAGUGCACCUACCGUUCUUCGCCCGGGUAGUCACAGGGUGUUUCGUCCGGAUCGGAAUCGGCAAUAACAACGGAAAUCCUGUAUACAGGGUAGCAGAAAUAAUAGACGUUUAUGAGACGGCGAAAGUAUACAAUUUGGGCAACACGCGAACUAACAAGGGACUAAAACUACGCCACGGGACACAGGAUAGGGUAUUCCGAUUGGAGUUUGUCAGUAAUCAGGAGUUCACGGACAGCGAGUUCCAAAAAUGGCACAAAGCGAUAAAGGACGCGAACAAAAAACCACCCACCAUGGACUUUGUGAGAAACAAGAUCCUAGAAGUUAAGGAGGCGCUUAUGUAUGAAUUUAAGGAAGAAGAUGUAGAAAAAAUGGUACAAGAAAAAGACAGGUUCAGAUCACAUCCCACAAACUACGCCAUGAAGAAAACACAACUGAUGAAGGAAAGAGAUGUCGCACAAUUAAGGGGUGACGACGAAACAGUAUUCGACCUGAACGCUAAAAUACAAGAGUUGGAAGAGCGAGCGAACCACCUCGACAAAACUAGAACAUCCUCUAUACAGAGCAUAUCGUACAUUAAUAAUAGGAACAGGAAAAUGAAUGUGGAAUCUGCGGAAAAAGCCAUUAUGGAGGAGGUGAAAGCUAUGAAAGGAAAGAAAAUAGACGACCCGUUCACCAGGCGGCAUACGAAACCGGUCAUGAACUUCAAAUCUCACCAGGGGGGCAGGGCACAGGAACUAAUGCGCAAUGAGGAAGCGGCGGCGGAAGAAAUGAAACAGAAAGAGGAGGAAGAGAAAGCGGCGAGAGAGAGACAGGAAAGGGAGAGAUUAGAACACAAUCCAGACUCGGAAAGGCCCAAAACCCAGUCUACAGACAACGCGAGUAUGUACUCCCUACACGACUUUGACAUCAGCAUAGAUUUGGACCUCCCCGUCGGCGUCGGUAGCAAAGUCAGUUCAAAUGUGACACCAAAACCCGCAGUGAAUGCUAAAGUCAAAGAGAGCGGGCCGAAACGUUCGCUCAACCUCGAAGAAUACAAGAAAAGACACGGGCUCAUAUAAUGUCCAUCGCGCGUAUACUACUGCCAGUCAUCCUGUGUUCCCUGUCAAAGGCACAAAUACAGAUUCACAUUCAAGUUUCGGACUCAAACGAAGUUACUGUUCAAGCCACUGGCCAAUCAGAGACAAGAUAUCUAAACGCAAACCAUAGAGAACUAUUCCAUAUUACCGAUGAACUACUACAGAAAGCCUUAUUCACUCUAACUGGCCUACAAACUGAAGUGUUCCUUGAUAACGACAACGAUAUAUAUAAGAAUUAUGAGUUAGAACCAGUUAAAACGGUUCUUAAACCAAACGGAACUAAAAUAAACGUUAUACAAGAGGAAGUAAUAUUGAACAAGUUACUGACGUACAAUAAUUACCCAACGGAAAAUUCCCAAAUAAUAACACUAACAGGGAAUAUAAAGGAUAAUGUGACGUGUGUGUAUAACCAGAAGGAUGUAUUUCCCGCGGAGAUAAUACAUAUAAUUGACGUCCAUAGCAUAGAUAAGAAUUGGAGCAUGCAAUCUAAUUUCGGAAGGGAUUUUUCUGAAACGCAAAGCAUUCCUAUUGCUAAUGCAUCUUUCGCUGUAACUUUAGGUCCAAAACAGGACGCUACAGCUAUUUUAGGUGCAACU